CGGGGCGGGACGGGGAGGGACGGGGCGGGGCUCCGGUCUCGGCGCAUGCUCCGUAGGCUCAGGGGGGCGGAGCUGCCGGCGCCAGUUGGUCCAGGCGUCCGGGCCUGAGCGGUCCUCCAGGUUCCCUCCCGCUCGCGGCUCAUCCGACGGCAGACCAUUCAUCAAGGAUUUUGUAUCCAAGGCCCAAAAGCUUGUUACCCGAGAUGAUGAAUGCCGACAUGGAUGCAGUUGAUGCUGAAAAUCAGGUGGAACUGGAGGAAAAAACACGACUUAUUAACCAAGUGUUGGAACUGCAACACACACUUGAAGACCUCUCCGCAAGAGUAGAUGCGGUUAAGGAAGAAAAUCUGAAGCUAAAAUCAGAAAACCAAGUUCUUGGACAAUAUAUAGAAAACCUCAUGUCCGCUUCUAGUGUUUUUCAAACAACUGACACAAAAAGCAAAAGAAAGUAAGGGAUUGACAUCCCUUCUAUUUCAUGGAAUUGCUGCUGAUCUUUUUUUCUUUAAAACUUGGAUUUAAAAAGUUAUAGUACUUUUGUUUGUGGCUUAAUUGAAUAUUUAUGAAGAUGUCAGAUAUAGGCAAAAUUAAGAGCAUAACAGAAGACUUCCAUGAGUUUGUGUAUAAUAUGUUAGUCUAUGAAAAUGUGCAAAUGUAUUGUAGAGACUUUAUAAUUAGAAAUGCAUAUAUUUAUGAAACUUGAAAAUGAAUGUUUUAUCAAAUUUGAUUUAUAGGUUUAGCACUAUCUUUUAUUAUAAGCAUAAGAGAUACAAGAACCACCGUGUUGUGAAAAGUGACCAAAAUCAUGUACUGAACGCACAGCUUUAUGUACCCUGCCCACCAUGUUGUGCCUCUUCUCCAUUUGCUUCUUCCUUCUCAUUUCCCUUCCUCUAAGGAAAAAAUUGGUUUCACAUUUGUAAAGGUAAUAGUUAAUCAUCUGUGAGAGUAACCUGAGCUUGAAUUGUUGAAACUUAACUAAAAUAAGAUACUUUCUCAGUUAGGGUUUGUCAUAGUAAUAGAUAGGAUUGUUGAUUUUUCUUUCAUCAGUUGAAAACAGAGGCUAUAAGUAUGAAGACUUUUCUUUGCAACUGAAUUAUCAAAUUGGGAAGGUUUGGUUAAAAACUUAACUUUUGCACAAAAUAACCCCACUUGGUAUCUGAAAAAAUGAGCUCUGGUUAUACGUUUGGAAUAGAGUAUUUUGAGAAAAACAUUAAUAGGAUGGGAAGAUACUUGGCAAACAGUAGUAACCAACUCCAAAUGUUUUUACUCCAGAUUUGUGUGAUCUCUGGCACAGACUAGAUAUUUUGGGUGAUACACACACACACACACACACACACACACACACACGAAGGUAGAUUAAAUGUGAAUAACCUUAUGUCAACCACAUGUAGAAGAGAACAGUUACAGAGUUUAGUCUUAACAUUUAUUUGUAGCACCCAGCAGAUCAACUUUUGCAAAAUCCCUUUAGAAGAGUGUUUUGGUAUCAGAAUCAUGAAUAAUAAAAUGGAGUUUUACAUGUAUACUAAUUGAUAUUUUCUCAGUAUUUUAAUCUCACUACUUAUCCCAGAAUUUUCUGUAAACCUAACUGCUUGGUUUGCAGAGUUUUAGUCACCCUUUGACAGUUUGUAAGAAUUUAGUUUGUAGAUUCCAUUUGGUAAGAAAUUAGUAUCGGAAAUAAUGUUAAAAUAUUAACUAGGUAAAGACGUCCACUAAUAUAGUUUUGGUUGUUAGAUUUGGGCUACUUUUAAUCAUGGAAUAAUAUGUUUGUAUUGGUGUAAGAUUCAAUGAAUGACUUUAGCUGUAGGAAUAUAAUAGUUAUACUGCAAAUAUUUUGCAUCCCUUUGUGACCUAAUUUACAAACAUUUAAAAUUGUGUUGCAAUUUUGCUUUGCUGUUUAAUAAAAAGCUGUUUCAGAGA